AUGUCCCGCCAUGAAGGUGUUAGCUGUGAUGCGUGUUUAAAAGGGAACUUUAGGGGAAGACGGUUCAAGUGUUUAAUUUGCUACGACUAUGAUCUGUGUGCGUCGUGCUACGAAAGCGGAGCCACUACAACCAGACACACCACAGAGCAUCCCAUGCAGUGUAUAUUAACCAGGGUAGACUAUGAUUUGUAUUAUGGCGGCGAUACAUUUUCAGUAGAGCAACCUCAGUCUUUCACUUGUCCUUAUUGUGGGAAGAUGGGCUUCACAGAAACGUCUUUACAAGAGCACGUCACUGCAGAACACGCCGAAACAUCCACCGAAGUGAUCUGUCCCAUAUGUGCAGCACUACCUGGCGGCGACCCCAAUCAUGUUACAGAUGACUUCACCGCUCACCUUACACUUGAACAUAGAGCACCAAGAGAUUUAGAUGAGUCCAGCAGUGUGCGACAUGUACGUAGGAUGUUUCACCCGGGACGAGGGUUAGGAGGUCCGAGAGCGCGGAGGACAAAUAUGCACUUUACUAGCGGUUCAACAGGAGGCCUCUCCUCCUCUUCGUCACAGAGCUCCACCUACACGUCUAGCAACAGGGAAGCCAUGGACCCAAUAGCAGAGCUGCUGUCUCAGCUCUCCGGUGUACGUCGUGCCGCCGGGGGCCAGAUAAACUCCUCGGGGCCCUCGGCGUCGCAGCUGCAGCAGCUUCAGAUGCAGCUGCAGUUGGAGCGGCAGCAGGCACAGGCGGCGCGGCAGCAGGUGGAGUCCGGGCGCCACGCCACACGCCGCAGCAACAACGCAGGAAAUGCAGGCACCGCCAUCGCUCCGCCCAGCGCCACGGCAACGAACACGGCCACCGUGGGCGACAGCGCCCUCUCGUCAUCAUCACACAGCUCCCAGUUUUUAUUAUCUCGGUUGAAUGAACCGAAAAUGUCAGAGACUGAGCGUCAGUUGUUGGAGGGAGAACGGGCCGACCGCAGUCUGUUCGUGCAGGAGUUGCUGCUGUCGACGUUGAUGCGUGAGGAGAGCUCUUCCUCUGACGAGGACGAGCGGCGAGACUUCGCUGACUUCGGCGCCAUGGGCUGCGUGGAGAUCAUGCCUUUAGAUGUGGCGCUGGAGAACCUCCAGCUCCGAGAGAGCAACUCUUUGGGGAAAGAGCCUCCGCCGCCUCCUCUUUGA